CGCUAGAGGCUCUUUCCAGGGGACCUGCCUGCUGCCUGGCUGACCUGGCUGACCCGGCCCGGCGGAACAGAGGCUGAACAUACCAGACUCCAAUGCUGUUCAGGCGCGUGGCAGCAACUGCAUUGUUCGCUCCUGCUGUUCUGGAACGAACCCGCGUGAUAUGCCGCGGGAGGUCUCGGGUCCGGGCACGCAGGGGCAGUCCUGCCUGGCGGUCCACCCGCACCUGGGCGGAUGAAUGACCAUCGACAUGAACGGCACGACGUUGGCUCUCUGCUUCUCCAUCGCCCGGCAUGCGCAUCCACCCCCCGCCCACUCUUUUCUCCUCCUUUUCGCUCCACGCGAAACCACCGUCGGGAUGACGAUAUGCCAACCCGCGCCUUACUCGCGCCCUGGACAGUCCCCACGCACGUUGCGGAUGCCAUGAUCGCCCACCUCUCUCUCCAGCCCUCCGCAGACGACACUGCUAGCGACGCAAUCAAUGGACAGACGGAUGGGCAUGGAGAUGGACCUUUGGAGGCAAGGCCGACCUCCUCAUUACCCACCUCGACGAAAACUCUGGAGGCAACGGACGUCAGCGAGCAUCAAUAUAAGAACCCCGCGCCGCACCAGCCAUCAAGUCUAGUCUCGUUUCUAGUUCCCUCAUCCUCAUCACCAUCAUCCUCUGUCCAUUUCCCCUGUUGUUUGGUUUCCUGUAGACCGCGUUGAUCGCCGGACCAGGACACUCGUGCUCUGAGAGC